AUUUUGGUCAAAUAUUUCGUCUUAGCCAAGUGAACUCCAAGUUAUACAAUGUAUGUAUGUAUGUGGCAGUUAAUAAUGUCAUCACUACUUAAUAAUUAAUUGAUAAUUAAGAAAAAUCAAUGAGUCCAAUAUUAUAACGCGGCAAUAUAUAUAUUCAUAAAUAUAUAUAUGAGAAUAAAUAUAGUACUAGAACUGAGCUGAGGAUAUAUUUAUAGAAUACCAAAAUUAUUAAUUAUUAUUAUUAUUUUUUUUUUUGCUUUUAGUCUUGAUUAAAUAAGGAGUGAGAGAAAAGAGAGAGAGAGAGUGAGAUAAAUCUAUAUAUAUAUAUAUAAGAUCGAUCAUUCAGAAAAAUAUUAUAUAAUUAUGGAUUUAUCGCACAAAAUGAAUGAGGAGAGCAGUUUGAAGAAAGGAGAUCACAUCUACACUUACACAAACAAGCUACACACAUCCUCCCUUCAUGGAAUAUAUGUGGGAAACAAUGAAGUGAUUUACUACAAGAGUAAGAGCAAGAGCAGAAGCGAAAGCGAAAAGUGUGAAAGUUGUAAAUACAAUCCAACGAAAGAGAGAGGAGUGGUGAAGUCGUGCUUGAAGUGUUUCCAUCGAGGCCACGGGCUGUACCAGUUCCAGUACGGAGUAUCGAAACGCCAUUGCAUGAUUUGGCCAUCGGGAACAUGUUACACGGGGUCAUGCAUCGAAGAUGGUAAAGUUAUUAUUAAGAACGCGGAAAAGAUGUUAAAGGACAGUCAUAAAAGUAGAAAGGCGACAGAUAAUAAUAAGUUGUACGAUGAUUUCGACAAAAACAGCAUGGGCUUCGCGGUUAUGUGCACGACGGGAAAUGUUACAUGCAUACAAGAGAUUGCUGCCAUGUCUAAAACAAAGAUGUCUUUGAAGUGCUUUGUGGUUGCAUGCCAAUUUGCUGUGACCGUGUUUGCAUUGCAAGAAGGCUUGACUCACGGGUGUUCUAUUAUGCAAGAAAGGGUAAAUCAGACUGUGAUCAGCCAUGAGUGCGAGAGCUUGGUGGUGCUUGUACAUGUUCAGGCCACACAAGACCAAGCGGGUUAGGGUCUACCAGUGUUGUGUAUUUUGUAACUCUGAUUUUGCCGCUUAGUUUCGGUUCGUGAAAAAGACUUGUAAUAUUUUGUGAAAAUAUUUACAGGAUCCCGAAACUUGUAUUUUUUGGUUGUUUGUAAAGUUUAAAAUUAUUACAAGCUUUAUUUUUAUUCUGUUUCAAAUUAAAUUUAAAUUUCCCGCG